UGCCGCUGUAUAAUUCUUGCUGUCAGUAUUUGCAAGAUAUUGGUAUUUGGGUCUGUACUGGUUAGACUUAAAUGAGUUAAACCAAGGUCUAUAGCCCUUGGGUCAUAGACUAUGAGCUAUAAGUAUAUUGGUCUUUUUAUACUGGGAAUCAGGUGUUAUUUUAGUGAUCAUCUUCUUUAUUUAUUUUUGUCCUGAUUGUGCCCUGAGCAAUUUUAUGACUGAAUAAAAACAAAUAAAAUCAACAUAAAUUGAAAAAUCGUCUUAAAUAAUCGAGAUCUCAGUUUCAGUCACAAUAAUCGUGAUAAUUAUUUUUGCCCUCCAUCAGCUGAUACUGGUGAGAAACGGCAGCGGAACAUUACAACUGAGAAACUGAUCUCAUGGGUGGGCUCAUCAAAGCUUUGUGGCCCAUAGUUCAAAGAGUAGCACGAGGGGACCUGUAUGUGAAACAAAAACACCACACAAUGCAACAAUGGUGGAAAUUGUAGCAAUACAAAGAAAUCCUUAAAAAUCUUACAGUGUCAAUUCCUGGAUUUUUUUUCAUUCUGUCUUAAAGUGAGCCUAUGGUGGAAAUUACAGACCUCAACUUUUUAAGUGGAACAUCCUACACAGUCAGUGGCUGCCAAACGCAAGGAAAUAAUCUUUAAGAGAUAAAUAACAGGUCAUUUAAAUUAUCACCAUUUUACUUGCAAUUGUCAAGUUUCGGUAACAGGGUGUGGCGACAAUCCCAUCACCCAUAGGCAGUAGUUGGACUGAAGAUAGCUGGAUAACACUAACUCUGGGAUGUAUUGCUGGGUAAUGUCUCUUUGGUUAGUUAUAUUCUCCUUAAACUGACAUCCAGUGAUAUGAGUUGUGUUUGAUCAAAUAUUAAGUACAAUUGUUGACAUUUGGUCUUUGGAUAGUACCUUUGGCCACUUAAAUGCUAACUUCUUUUACACCUCAACCUUUUCCCCUCUGUUUCUUUGUUUUGCCUGGUUGUUGGCUUCCUGUCUACCAUUGGUGCCCUCCCUCGUUUUCCUCCUUCUCUGUUGUUGCUCAUUGUACUCCCCCACCCCACCCCUACCCUUCUUCCUAGUUUUAAUCCCACCCUCCCAAGCCUGUUUGGAUGUCAUCUGGCUUCUUAUGUAAGGAGACACAGGGGAGGGUAAUGGCUUUAAAGCCCGAGUGCCACAAUGUCUGACCAGCCGGCAUAUUUGUGCUCGCUGUCACCUGUUGUGUCGGCCUGGGAGUAUUGCUGCUAUUAGCCUUCUAAACGGAGACUGAAAGUGAGGUACUGAUGGGUGUACAGGGAGACUCCAAAGCUUCUUUGGACUGCAGGGCUAUGUCCUCGGCACCCACCACAUCUCCAUCUGUGGACAAAGUGGACGGAUUUUCCCGGAAGUCUGUCAGGAAGGCCAAGCAGAAGCGGUCACAGAGUUCGUCCCAGUUCCGCUCUCAAGGCAAACCCAUAGAGCUUACACCAUUGCCGCUGCUCAAGGACGUGCCGGCGCCGGAGCAGCCGGAGCUGUUCCUGAAGAAGCUGCAGCAGUGCUGUACUGUCUUUGACUUCAUGGACACGCUGUCGGACCUCAAGAUGAAGGAAUAUAAGCGCUCCACGCUCAACGAGCUGGUGGACUAUGUGACUGUCAGCCGGGGCUACCUGACAGAGCAGGCCUACCCUGAGGUUGUCAAAAUGGUGUCUCACAACAUUUUUCGGACCCUCCCACCCAGUGACAGUAAUGAGUUUGACCCUGAGGAGGACGAGCCCACACUCGAGGCUUCCUGGCCACACCUACAGUUGGUAUACGAGUUCUUCAUUCGUUUCCUGGAGAGUCAGGAAUUCCAGCCCAGCAUUGCCAAAAAGUACAUAGACCAGAAGUUUGUCCUACAGCUUUUGGAGUUGUUUGACAGCGAGGAUCCUCGAGAGAGAGACUAUCUGAAGACCGUCUUGCAUAGAAUCUAUGGCAAAUUUCUGGGGCUGAGGGCUUUUAUACGAAAACAGAUCAAUAAUAUUUUUCUACGUUUUGUUUAUGAGACGGAGCACUUCAACGGGGUGGCUGAGUUGCUGGAGAUCCUGGGGAGUAUAAUCAAUGGUUUUGCUCUGCCGCUGAAAGCAGAACAUAAACAGUUUCUGGUCAAAGUGUUGAUCCCCCUCCAUACCGUCAGGAGCCUGUCCCUUUUCCAUGCACAGUUGGCGUAUUGCAUUGUACAGUUCUUAGAGAAAGACCCGACAUUAACGGAACCAGUCAUCAGAGGCUUACUGAAGUUUUGGCCAAAGACCUGCAGUCAAAAAGAGGUGAUGUUUCUAGGUGAGCUGGAAGAAAUCUUGGACGUCAUCGAACCCACACAGUUCGUCAAGAUCCAGGAGCCACUUUUCAAACAGAUCUCCAGAUGUGUCUCCAGCCCACAUUUUCAGGUGGCAGAGCGAGCUCUCUACUACUGGAACAACGAGUACAUCAUGAGUCUGAUCGAGGAGAACUCCAGCGUCAUCCUGCCCAUCAUGUUCGCCAGCCUCUACAGGAUCUCCAAAGAGCACUGGAACCCGGCGAUUGUGGCGCUGGUGUACAACGUCCUGAAGGCCUUCAUGGAGAUGAACAGUACCUUAUUUGAUGAACUCACAGCCACUUACAAGUCAGACCGUCAGCGUGAGAAGAAGAAGGAGAAGGAGAGGGAGGAGCUGUGGAAGAAGCUGGAGGACCUGGAGCUGAAGAGGGGCCUUAGGAGUGACGGGAUCAUCCCAACUUAACGAAGACCGCGCUGCGCUCCCCCACGUCUGACUCCCGCUCUUCGUCCCGACCCCCAUCAGCCAUGUCUGCCCCAGAGCUCCUGAUACUGGGUCCACGCAGAGAGGCCGCUGGUUUCUUAAUUGUUUUGUUUUCUUAUUUUUUCUCCUGUGUUUGUGCAACUUACUUUACAGUAGAUUCAUACGUCUGUUUUCAUUACUCCAGCAGCACUGUAAAUAAUUAUUUUCUUUUUCCCUUCAACUGAUAUUAUUGCAAAUAGAUAAACAAAACAAUAAUGAUAAUAAUAAUAAAAAGAAGAAAACGUAGAAAAUGAUGAGAAAAUGACUUGUGUGGGACGUGGAUUCAAACCGACAACCCUCUCUGGACUGUAGGACAUUUGAACUCACGAGAAAAAAAAAAACGUAAAAAAGAAGCUGGAUUGUUUUGAACACCUCCUCUCUCGCCUCCUCUUCAGCUGUCCCACAUGUAACUUUGUUUUCCUGGUUGUCCUCUCUGCCGUUCUGCUGCCGCCGUCCGGACCGGUUGGAACACCUCUUAAUGACGCCUCCAGCCGUGCAUCUGCCCUCUGAGUGUGUUUACAUGCACAUGCGAGAAAACGCUCACCUCUAGCUUUAAACCUGAAACGUCUACAAAGGGCGUAGUGAGUUAGUAACCACGAUGUUCAGGAUAAGGGACUAAAAUAGUUUUUCAUUUCCUACAUUCCUGGAGUCCAGUUUGAUUUCAGCCGUUUCAUGUUUUUGUUUCACAGCUGGAAAAAACAGCCCGUCACCUUUUACCCAGAAACCUGCAGCGGAGCGGUUUAAUUCUCUAGUGGGCGAUCACACCCUUUUUCCUGUUUCACUCAUCAAAUCUCAUAAAAAAUCCCAUCUGCUGAUGGAUCGUUGGGGGGUGUUGUUGACCUGGCGCCACCUGGUGGUAGGAGUAGGAGGUGCUGAUAAACAGCACGGAGAUUCAAACCAAAAAGUGCCAAAACGACUAAAUAAUCCAAUCAGAGCGACCUUGUUAAAUCAACCAAGGAUUAAAAAGACGUAUUCCAUGUUAGUGAGAUAAUUGUUACAAGCGAAGCCCUUUGCUGUUUGAAGUCGGUAGCUUAGCUGUCCUGCAUUUCAUUAGUUCAGUUUUAAUUGUUUCUGCACAUUUUAGCCCAGGAAGGCUUGAUAAUGGUGUGUAGAGUCCGACCAUGCUGCAUGUAAACACACUCCAGCUUCCUCCAACAGGAUUAGGAUAAAGACCGGUCACUACGGGUCAUGACUGGGUACCGCCGUUGGUACAGGCCUGCCAGCACCCACAUCACACAUGAGGAACAACAGGCACACACCGGAACCAAACAUCCCAUGUUGAGAGUUAAAUACCCCCCCCCCCCCCCCCCCCCCCCAACACACACACACCAGCUUGGGCCCUGGCAGGCGCUGCGUUGACCAGUAUUACCAAUGACAACAUUGUUACUGAACGCAGUGCUCUGGUGGGUUAGGCUCCGCCUCACCUCUGCUGGGACCCCGUGGAGAGGAGCAUCCAGUACGGAACAGGACUCCCUAUUUAUGAUGGUGUUUCCCUCUUUCAGUCUGGUUUUGCUUUUCCGUCUCACUCCCUCUUUUUCUUGGUUUUUAUCUCAUUUUCAAUAUUUUGAUGACGUUUUUUGUCCAUUGGAUAUGUAUAUUUUUUUUAGUAGGGGAGGGAGUGUGGCAGGAAGGCACGGAGCAGACUCCGUUGUCCUGUUGGGAGACACUGAACCUCCCCCCCUCCCCCCUUGCAGAAUUAAAGUGUGCUGUAGAAUGGCCCGGAUAUACUAUGAUUUAAAAGCUGAAAAAAAGGGUUGGAAAAAUACAAAUGUUUAAUUAUUUUAAAAAAAAUAAAGAGAUAUUAAAUUAAA